AUGAAACUCAGUCAAAUAUUAAGAUGGUCAACAACUGAUGGCAAACACUUAAUAAUGAGAUUAUUUUAUUACACAUACAUACCAAUUAUUUUAAUUUUAGGUAAAUGACAAAUAUCAUGUUUUUUAUUAGGUUAUAAAUCAAUGAACAUUUAGGCAUUAUUCCCUCAAUUAGCAUCUAAACAAUGA